AUGAACAGCGACAUGACGCUCACCAGAAGAAGUGCUGCUAUGAAGAGAACGAUGGAGGAUGGCGACGCCGAUUCGGGAUCUCCAAAACGGGUUCGCUUCUGCGAGUCCGUGAAGGAGGUUCUUCUGGAAGUUGUUGAAGGCCCAUUGAUGGGAAGAAAAAGAACCCGACCGGCGGGGGAUUUGAUUGAAAUGAGGACGACGAGCCUCAACAGCGCGCCAAAGAAGCCGAGGAGGUGUACUCAGGAAGAGCUUUGGGAGCAGUUUGGUGCAAUUGAUAGAGAGCGAAUUGAAGAUGAGAAGAGAUUGCUGAUGACUGGCCAGUUCUGCGCGGCCGUUUGCAUUUCAACUGGUUGCCAACAAGAAUGUCCAUGCCGAACUGAUGAAGUGUUGUGUUAUGAAGCAUGCCCAUGCAGUCCUGCCAACUGCAACAAUUACGAUGUUGCGAAGGUGAUGUCGAGACGACAGGCGAGGAAGUCGAUGAAGCAAGUUGUGGAGAGAGCCAACGUGAUCUGGGCGAAUGUUCAAGUGGCAGAGUGCGCGCCGGCAGUGAGGAAGGUUGUGAACCAAAUGGUGGACGUCAUCGAGACGAAAUUGCUGCUGAAGCAAUCGCGAGUCCGCCACUAA